AGCGGCGGGCUCCGAGCCGCGCCCCGGAGUCCCUGAAACUUCCGAGCAGGCGCCCAAUCGCGCCUCUGCCGCCGCCACCACCGCCACCUCACCUGCCGGCUUGAGAGCGGGACCAUGGAUGAAAGGUUCAACAAGUGGCUGCUGACGCCGGUGCUCACUCUCCUCUUCGUGGUCAUCAUGUACCAGUACGUGUCCCCUUCCUGCACCAGCUCCUGCACCAACUUCGGGGAGCAGCCCCGUGUCGGGGAGGCCCGCCCGCCCGCCGCUCCGAGUCCUGCUCGACGGGCUCAGGCGCCCCCCGAUGAGUGGGAGCGGCGGCCCCAGCUGCCUCCACCACCCCGGGGACCCCCUGAGGGGCCUCAAGGGGUCGCGGCUCCAGAGGAUGAGGAUGAGGAUCCCGGGGACCCUGGGGAAGAAGAGGAGGAAGAGGAGGAGGAGCCCGAUCCCGAGGCGCCCGAAAACGGCUCCUUGCCCCGGUUCGUGCCGCGCUUCAACUUCACUCUGAAGGACCUGACCCGCUUCGUGGACUUCAACAUCAAAGGGCGCGACGUGAUAGUGUUUCUACACAUCCAGAAGACCGGGGGCACCACGUUCGGCCGGCACCUGGUGAAGAAUAUUCGCCUGGAGCAGCCCUGUAGCUGCAAAGCUGGCCAGAAAAAGUGCACCUGCCACCGGCCGGGAAAGAAGGAGACCUGGCUCUUCUCCCGCUUCUCCACCGGCUGGAGCUGCGGGCUGCAUGCCGACUGGACCGAGCUCACCAACUGCGUGCCGGCCAUCAUGGAGAAGAAGGAUUGUCCCCGCAACCAUAGCCACACCAGGAACUUCUACUAUAUCACCAUGUUGCGGGACCCAGUGUCGCGUUACCUGAGCGAGUGGAAACACGUCCAGAGAGGGGCCACAUGGAAAACCUCUCUCCAUAUGUGUGACGGAAGGAGCCCCACCCCAGAUGAGCUGCCUACCUGCUACCCAGGGGAUGACUGGUCUGGGGUCAGCUUGAGGGAGUUCAUGGAUUGCAGCUACAAUUUAGCCAACAACCGGCAGGUGCGCAUGCUCGCUGACCUCAGCCUGGUGGGCUGCUACAACUUGACUUUCAUGAACGAGAGCGAGCGAAGUACCAUCCUGCUGCAGAGCGCAAAGAACAACCUGAAGAACAUGGCCUUCUUCGGGCUCACUGAAUUCCAAAGGAAGACACAGUUUCUCUUUGAGAGGACAUUCAAUCUGAAGUUCAUCUCCCCUUUCACACAGUUCAACAUCACACGGGCUUCCAAUGUGGACAUCAACGAGGGAGCCCGUCAGCAUAUCGAGGAGUUGAACUUCCUGGACAUGCAGCUCUAUGAAUAUGCAAAAGAUCUCUUCCAGCAACGCUACCAUCACACCAAACAGCUAGAACACCAGAGGGACCGCCAAAAGAGGCGCGAGGAACGCAGGCUGCAGCGAGAACACGGAGCGCAUCGGUGGCCCAAAGAAGACGGGGCCACAGAGGGGACGGUCACUGAGGACUACAACAGCCAGGUGGUUAGAUGGUGACCCUCUGCCUGCUCCUUUUUCAUGACGGGGAGACAAGCAGGCACCUUGUCCUUCUGUUAGAUUCCAUUGAAGAAACCGGGUCAUGCUGAGGACCCCUGGCUAUGUGUGACUUAAUUCAGAUGUCUACUUCCUCUUCUUCUUCUUCAAUCCAACUGGAAAAGUUCCAUCUUGUUUAUUAUUUUUUUUCUAGACUUUUUCUGAUCACUGAUAUAUUUGGGGUGGAAAUGUAUCCAAAAGACCACUUUAAGUUGUCAGAAGCGAGGCCUCGGAAAUGAGACAGUGUGUAGGAUCUUUGUCAGUCACAUGGGUCAAUUGGGAAUCUGGAACCCACAGUAGUACAUAAGAAAACCAAAGCCAUGGCUUGGAUUCUCUUCCGAAAGCAGCAUGAUGCACCCAAUAGAACAUUGCUCUGUUUAGAGAUAGAAAGACUCUCUCUCCCCUUAAAUGACCCUUCUCAUUCAGUGUUGAAUUUGGGAGCUGUUAAGAUGAGGGUUAAAUCAUGAAUGAUGUGGCUUGUCUCUAGAGACGUUUUUAAACAAAAUUACUAUAUUACUGACCACAGCUAGGGACUCCUAGCCUUCAAACUCCAACAUCAGAGCCCUAAGCCCUGAUUCUACUCUGUCUUUUAGGGAACAGGGAAAGAACAGAAUGUUGGGUUGGUUAUGGCCCUGAAAAACAAACACUGGUAGGACAUUUGGGGGGGGCACACUUAUUUAGUAAUGACUAAGGAGAUUGCACUUUACUGGUGUUAAUCCCUCAGGCAAAGAAUGAACAAAAAAUUAAGAGAGUGUGGGCGAAGAAACCAGGAGAAAACCUCCAUUAAACCAGCUGUAGAGCCUUAGCUGUUACGCUGAAAGAACAUCAGACUCGUGCCUUUGGGGAGCAGACACCUUCUCAGUCAGGUUCAAAUUCUGCUGUUACAAAGGAAAGAUGUUUUCAAAACCCUUGACUUAAACAACAGGAGCUGAAGCAACGAGGACACACACUUCAUCCCAGGUCAAUACGUGAGAGGCGUCAGGAGACACAGCAUGGUGUCCAUGAGACAGUUAGACAAGGAGUUCAGAGGGACCCUGCCCCUGACAUUUCCAGUGUCUUUAAACCACUCCCUUCCCAUGUGAUCCUUGCCUGUUCUGUGACUACAACCGGAGAACUGAGCUACAGUGCACAAACUGGACCAAAAAAUAAGCUGCCUUUUUCUAGGUUCCUCGGUUUCGCCCUUCCCAAGCCCCAACAACAGUCUCUUCUCUGGGAAGGGAUGGGAAGGAGGGAGUAGAAAGCCCCGCCUCCCUUACAGCCUGAAGGUCAGAGUGGGUGGAGAGUUUUACAAGGUGCUGAUAAGAUCAGUUCUUUAAAGCAGCUGAAGGCCAAAAGCUCUAGACCCAGAAAUCAGGCUGCAAAGCCUCUUUCCCUGAUGCCCCGCACGCUUGAUGUUUAAGCCAGAUUUAUGUCAGUCACUUCUCAGCCUUAGAAAGUCCUUUCUGGGACUGAAAGGCCAUCUUUUCCCAGUGUUUGUGGGUUGUCUGCUGCAAGGGAGCCUGGCGUCUUUUGUAGAUUCCCAUAGAGAAGUGGCUUUGAGGUUUCUCUCGCUGCGGUUGGCAUCAUUGGAUGGCCUUCCUGUAACAUGCGUGUUCUAAGGGAAUCCCCACACUGUGCUUACUAUGUUAUUCAGCAUAACGAGGCAGACAUUGCUGGUCCUCACUAUCUAGUUGAUAAGAUGAAGUCCACAGAUGGGAUGAGGCUUCCCUGGACCAAGUUGGCCAGAAAGCACAAGAUCUGUAUUUACAUAGUGCUUCCCACUUUCUGUCAAUCAUACAAGAAGCCCGAUGCUAUGUCUCUGAAGUAUUUGCUCCUGUUCUGCAGAGGUAGCAUAAAGUGACGCCACUGCCCUUUCAGUGAUCUGAGUGGUCCCGAGCCCUUCUCCCCGCGGAGCAGUCCCUCCCCCCCCCACCCCCACAUCCCUUUCUCACUACUGAGCUGAGAGAUGGAUGACUUCUUAAGCAGCCAUAGAUGUUGAGUUACACACAAUAGUAAAUUUAAAGUGAACAAUUAGCUUUUUAGUUGGGAGAGAUGAGAUAGAGCUGUGUCUCCUUAGGGUGAUUUGUUCCAGAGGAGGCGGGAAAAAAGGGGAGGGCAGGAAUGGAAACCUGAAAAUUGUGCCUCUGCCGUCAGCUGUGGCGCACGUAUACAUAUGUGAAACACACACCUCGGCACAUUUUCAAAUGGGAAACCACUUGAAAAACUAGAAAGCAGUAGAUUUAUUCUUUAAACUCACUUUACAUUUUUGUUAAGGAAUCUUCGGAGGCAGGCUCUGCUGCCUUCAUAUUGUUCCUCCGGAACCUUCGAGUUCAUAUCAAAAGGUUUUCUGCCACCUCACUGCUGAGUGUAGGCUGCAUGGCCCUCCCUUCCCUGGAGAGCAGACAACAGGAUGAUUUGAGAAGGAGAAACCACCUCUGUGUUGGCCCCAGGCCAGUGCUAAGUAAACCAGAGAGACUAGCACUCGGUUAGCUCCCUUAGGAAGCACUGUAGUUGUCCAUGUCCCCAGGACACAGAGAGGUGGGGUGGAGCUAAUUCUCUGCAAACUGGCUACACAGCUCCAUGCUGGCUGAUGCUGCAGGAGGAGAUGACAGAGGCAGGCACAGGAAGCUAGGGACACCUGGCAGCUGUCAGCCUUCAGGUCUCAAACCACAUCAACUCCAACUCCAUAGAUGAAAAACAACCCCUAGGUAAUUCCACUUCUUGUGGGCUCCUCCAAUUCCCAGGCAGGUUCUUCUCCCGUCUCUUCUCAGUAGCAGCACAAGACAAUGGAAUGGAAUAUAUAUAUGAUGCUUGUGUCUGUGUGUGUGUCCUUAUGUGUAUGUGUAUGUGUGUGUCCAUGUGUGUGUGUUUGUGUGUCUGUGUUCACAGUUUGAAGAAUGUAUAGGGAGGGGAGUGUAUUUACAUAUUGUGAGGUUCCAUGUGUGUGAUUUGCCUUUCUGCCUGUCUGGUCACACUUUUUAGUUGUGUGUUGUGUGUGUCACACACAUUGUUCAUACUUUGGUAGGAACUAAGAUAGACACUUUUUUUUUUAAAUCCCUUCCAGCUUCCUAGAAGCCUAAUCUAAAUACUGGAGAAAAUAAUUGAUGAUCUUACCAAUCAAUGUUGGCAACACUUAAGGAAAAUUAUGAGUUACUGAAAACCUAAUCAAAUAUUUGAACUAAAAAUCUUCAUUUGAUCAAACUACUAACGUAAUAGUUUUAGAAGUCUGGAUGGAGAGGGGUCUAACCUUCUCUUAUUGCUUCUUCAUUCUAAGACAGAGCAUCUACCUCCUGGCCAAAUGUAUCUGCUUUAUCCACAGCCAUCUUGUUUUCACUUGAGGCAGUGGAGGGAAGCCCAGGGAAUUGCAGACACUACUUACAGUCAUGUCCCAUUGGCUAGAAUCUACAUAUUAGCUGCAUCUAGUUGCAGAGAAGUCUAGAAAAUGUCUUUAUUACUCAGUGCCGGCUGUCAUGAUAAAUGAGGGGAGCCCUAUUGUUAAAGAAAUGAUGGAGAAUUAAUACUGAUAGAAAACUACCAGUCCCCAAUACAAAAGGAAGUGGGGAAAAAUGCCAAGUCCUUUUCAAUAUCAAUUAUUUUCUCAUCAGCUUUACAAAGGAUGAGAUUAAAAUUUACCCUGUCAGCAUUUAAUGCUUUUCCAAACAUUUUAGCGUGGUAUCUCGCUUGGCCUGCCUCACACUCUUGUGCACUGGCUGGUAUUUCUGCUCCCUCACGUUUGAUCAUUUUGAAUGAAGAUUCAGAGAUGUUGGAAGAUCCCCCUAGCUUUCGUUCAUUUGUAAGGAAGUUGCCUAGAGUCCAUGGUCUCUUGGCCUCAGCUUUUCCUAAUACCGAGUGCUACUUGGCAUCAGUAUCGGGACUGGGAAUUGCAAGAAGGUAAAAACUAAAUCUUUAUUGAUUUCUGUCCUCUUUCCCCUUGUUGUGCAGCUGCGGUGACCUAGAAAAUACCAUGGACAGGUGCAGUAGACUCUCAGUUCUGCCCCCAGUGAAGGGCCCUCUGACUUGAGUGAAAAGUUCAGGUAGAGAGUUGUACAAAGGGAAUCUGAGAAAAGCACAUGAAUUCAGGGGAGACACUCAAAUAUCCAUAGCCGGAUAUCAACUCUGUUCCUCCCUCAAACUCUCCAACAUGGAGACUAAGGGGAUAAGCUUACAACUCCAGUGGGAUGCACAACAUUCAAGAAAUGCAGAACCAGUAUCUGCCUGUUGGGAAAGCUUAGGGGUGAUCAACAGGACCUCUGCCUCCCCCUCUCUGCUUUUCCCCAGGUCCCUGGUAUUCUAUCAGCAGCAUGUUGUUAGAGUUCUUGUGUUUUCUUGGUAUUCGCUGAGCUCCUUUGCCCACUGCUGGAGGUUGAAACACCUUAAGCUGUAAUAAGUAAGCAACUUCACCCAGUCUAUUUGAUCCCUUCCCAGACGUGUCACCUGGCUGCGAAGAGUGUCAAAAUGGGAUCACACAGACACAGAGGACUAGAGACAAUAAAGCAGCUAUAGAAGAAAGUAGGGCUCUGAGAGACAGACCACCCAGAGGAAGAUGACAGUUAACAUAUGUGCCAGUCCAUAGUGGAAUAUAGCAACAUGGUAGAGACACAGUUUGGGUCCUUAGGAUAAAAGGCAGCCCAGAAACACGUGACUUAAUUCUUCUACCCACUUAGAAGAGCACAAGAGGGGGUGCACCCGUGGGAUAGAAUCAGAGCCUUGGGUAGACUUGGGAGUCCCAGACUGACUAGGGUGGAAUUACACAGAGCUGUGUGUGUUCGACUUCAUCUGAAAGCCUCCAGGCUGGGCGGCGGGCUAGCCGAGGCUGCCAGUGCUAUCCGGGCCAUGACUUCUGAGGACCACACAGCUGCUCCUUCUCUCAACCCUUUUGGCUUCCCUUUUCAUCCUGUUCUAUCUCUACUGCACACUAGCUGAUGUCAGUUCUGUUCUCACCAUAUUAACCAGGACACAUCCGGGUGGAUUCUCUGAAGCUGAACGAGCCCUCCAGGGCAGGUAGGGGCUUUCUGAGUUUCGUUACCUCCUGGAGUGAACAGACAUGGACCCAUCUUCACAGUCUGUUGGCAGAACUGGCCUCCGCUGCUGAGGUGCUGAGAAUCCUGAGGACUGGCCUGUCAUGAACACCAGAGUGGCUGCAAGUCUCUGCACUUCUGGGCCAGGACCAGGGGUAGCCUGAUGGAGUACUGAGAUGCUGAAUCUGCAGACACUAGCAUGUGGGUGCUUCUGGAACCUGUCUUCUUCAACAUCUACAGGACAGACGGCCACUGUCCACUUUCAGCGACCUGAGGGCGGCUCUGUAAGAACCACAUUCUGCCUCACUGUGGGAACUCCUGUAAGGCCAGAGAUUCUGGCCACACAUCCUCAGCUCUUGCUGAGAAAACACUGUCCUGACAGGCAGUUCUGUGUGACUUAGCCAUGAUCACACAUCUUCCAUCUCAUUCUCAUGCUUUCUUUGAAUCAUGUGACCAAGAGUUUUCUCCCAGAAAUACUUUCUGGGUUUUGCUUGCAUUUUGUUCUUCUUCUUCUUUUUUUUCAAUGUAUCAAAUCAAUGUUAGAAAAAUCUAAAUCUUUAUCUGGUGCCCCAUUCUAGAUAUAAGAUAGUUAUUCAGUAGAUGCAGAUUAUUUCCUCUAGGAGGUGUUUCUUCUUCUGUUUCUGUGCAGUAUGUAUGAACUUGGUUAUUAGGAGAUUAUAUUGUGACAUUACCAACUUUAUUGCUAUUUAAAAAUGAUAGUUUGUAGACCUGAGGAUUCCCGUGGAUGUGAAG